AUGCUUCGCGUUGGUGGUACUCCUUUAUUGGUUUUGAGUAAAUCUGCUGAAAGAGAGCAAGGAUCAAAAGUUCAAUCACAAAAUAUUAAUGCUGCAAAGAUGGUUGCCGAUGUAAUUCGUACAAGCCUUGGACCAAAAGCUAUGUUAAAAAUGUUAAUGGAUCCAAUGGGUGGAAUUGUCCUUACAAAUGAUGGAAAUGCAAUUUUACGCGAAAUCACAGUUAAACAUCCAGCAGCUAAAACAAUGAUAGAAAUUGCAAGAACUCAGGAUGAAGCAACUGGUGAUGGAACAACUUCUGUUAUAAUUUUGGCGGGAGAAUUUUUGGCUCAUGCACAGCAAUUUCUUGAACAAGGAAUUCAUCCAACUAUGAUUAUUCAGCCUGUUGAUUUGAACAACGAAAAUGAAUUAAUUGUUGUAAUAAAGUCUUCAUUGGGCACUAAAAUGCUUGCAAAAUAUUUGGAUUUAUCUGUUAAUAUUGCUCUUCAAGCUGUUCGUUCGAUAACUAUCACAAGCAAUGGAUCGAGUGAAAUUGAUAUCAAACGUUAUUGUCGUAUUGAAAAAAUUCCUGGUGGUUCAAUUGAGGAUAGUCAAAUAGUUAAAGGAGUUGUUUUGAAUAAAGAUAUUGUUCAUCCAAAAAUGAGUCGUCGUAUUGAAAAACCACGUAUUAUACUUCUUGAUUGUCCUUUGGAAUAUAAAAAGGGUGAAAGUCAGACUGCGCUUGAAAUUAUGCGAGAAAAUGAUUUUAGCCUUGUACUUGAACAGGAGGAAGAGGCAAUACGUCGUCAAUGUGAAGAUAUUAUAAAAUUGAAGCCUGAUUUAGUUUUUACUGAAAAAGGUAUUUCUGACCUUGCACAGCAUUAUCUUGUCCGCGCUGGAAUAACUGCUUUACGUCGUUUGAAGAAAACAGACAACAAUCGAUUGGCUCGUGUGACUGGUGCUCGAAUUGUUAAUGACACUAUUGAUUUGCAAGAAUCUGAUAUUGGGACACAAGCUGAUUUAUUCGAAAUAACCAAAAUCGGCGAUGAAUACUUCACAUGGGUCACCUCAGAAAAGACUACUGCUGUUACUAUUGUUUUGCGGGGUCCGAGCAAGGAUAUCAUCAAUGAGGUCGAUCGUAAUAUACAGGAUGCUGUUAGUUGUGUUCGAAAUGUAAUGUUAAAACCACGAAUUGUUCCUGGAGCUGGUGCUUUAGAGAUGGCACUUUUAACUGCUUUGACCGAGAAAAGUAAAUCAAUUCAAGGAAUUCACAAUGGUCCUUACAAAGCAAUUGCAAAUGCCUUAGAAAUAAUUCCGAGAACAUUGGUACAAAAUUGUGGAGGUUCUGUUAUUCGUCAACUUACAGCAUUACGCGCAAAACAUGCCCAGGAUCGCGAAAAGAAUUGGACAUGGGGAAUUAAUGGUCAAACUGGUGAUUUGGCAGAUAUGAAUCAACUCGGAAUUUGGGAUCCUUAUGUUGUUCGACUUCAAGCGUUGAAGACAAGCAUUGAAACUGCAAUUAUGUUACUUCGUAUAGAUGAUAUUGUAAGCGGAACAAAGAAAAAAGAUGGGUCUGCUGCUGGUGGUGCAGAGACUGCUGGAGCUGCUGGAUUAGGAGCUGAAUAA